AUGGACGAGGCUGACCCUCCCAAGAAGAAGGCAACGUCGCAGCAACCCGCCUUGAAACAGAUGCAACUUGACCUAGGGCACGAAGUGAGAAGAACCUGCGCGACCUGUGGAAUGGAAUACGUGCCGUCGAACUCGGAGGAUGCAGCUCUACAUAAGAAGUUUCAUGAUAUGAAUACAACAGGAGUGGAUCUGGGUAAAGCAUUCAUGAGGGCAAAUGCCUCGCGCUGGGUCUAUGAGGCUACACGCUUCGAUGAGGGCUAUGUGGUCAUUGUCGAUCGAAAAGCGUCUCCGACCGCGAAGAAUCAGGCCAAGAAGGUUCUUGAGGUUAUCAAUAAGGAGUUGUCUUCCCCCGAGAUCCAAGAUGAUGUCCUAUGGAGCCAGACGGAACCCCCGAGGCACUUGCGCAAAAACGGUGUAUCGGAGAAAGUGGACCGUUACAAAGUUUUCCUGCAUAUGAAGGAUAGUCGAUGUGUCGGUGCCUGUUUGACGGAGCGAAUUUGGGAAUCACGACCGGUUGAGAAGCCUGCUAGCCAGACCAAUCGCCCUGAUUCUGCAGUCACGGUUCGCAACGAGACCCAUCCGGCGAUCGUGGGGAUUUCACGCAUAUGGACAUCCGGGUCAUCGCGACGGAAAGGGAUCGCGAUGGAUCUUUUGGACUGCGUGGUCAGCAAUUUUAUAUACGGCAUGGAAAUUCCUAAGGAGCAGAUGGCAUUUAGCCAGCCUACCGAAAGUGGUAGAGCCUUGGCGCAGUCGUUCUUUGGGGAUGAGGAGUGGCAUGUAUACGAGGAAAGCUGA